GUGACGUUACAACUGUGCGCCAUGUCUAAAAGAUCCCGCUGUGUGUUAUUAGUGGAGUUGUAGCCGUUAAAGCAUCAUUUUUAUGUGUUUGUAGCCGAAGCCUUACCCUAAACAAGGAAGAUGAACACAGAGCAAGAAGAAGGAGAUAAUGGAGCAGCUAAACCUGAUGACAGCAACAAGGAGACAGAAAAAAAGAAGAGGUCUCGUGUGAAACAGCUGCUCAGCGACAUUAAGAGGCAGGUGGAGUUCUGGUUUGGAGACGUCAACCUGCACAAGGACCGCUUCCUGAAAAAGCUCAUAGAUGAGUCCGACAAUGGAUAUGUUGACAUAUCUGUGCUGACUAGCUUCAGCCGCAUGAAGAAGUUGACGACGGACACCAAGCUGAUUGCCAGAGCCAUUAAGAAUUCAUCAGUAGUGCAGAUUAACCUUGAAGGAACUAAAAUAAGGCGACGUCAUCCGCUUGGAAACCCACCGAAUAAUGUUGACAGCCGGACAGUUUAUGUGGAACUCUUACCCAAGGACGUGACCCACAGCUGGAUUGAAAGAGUUUUCACGAAAUGCGGGAAUGUGGUUUACGUCAGUAUUCCCAGAUACAGAAGUACCGGUGACUCGAAAGGGUUCGCCUUCGUCGAGUUUGAGAAAGAGGAACAAGCAGAGAAAGCUAUCGAGAUGUUGAACAAUCCUCCUGAAGAUGCUCCAAGGAAGCCAGGGAUUUUCCCCAAAACAUUAAACAGGAAACCUAUUCCCUUUUCUGUGGACAAUCCACAGCCCAGAGAAGAGGAGAAGAAAAAGCGAAAAAAGAAAAAAAAGAAGGAUGGAGCUGUAGCAAUAAAAGCAUCGGCAGAAAAGGUCCAAGAGGCAGCAAUGGAAGCCGAACCGUCGGAGCAAAAGAGGAAGCAUCUGACAGCAGAUUGCGAUCCAGAGUCCACUGGCACUCAGAAGACGGCAGGGAAGUUCUCAGAGAAAAAACGGCGACGCUCACAGACUGUGGAGGGAUCAGAGAGCGAUCUUCCUGCUAAGAUUAGGAAAAUCAGUGAAAGUGAAACAGGAGACGAGGAGAAAGAUGAAGCCAACAUGAAUCUGCCCAACAAAAGUGUCAAAGAGGAAAACACUGAGAAGGGGAAAGAAAACAGGGAUGACACAGCUGUCAAGGCAAAGAGGAAGAGGAAAAAGAAACACAAAGAGAAGUUAAAAAUUGGGGAAGAAGUCAUCCCAUUACGUGUUCUGUCAAAGAAGCAGUGGCUUCAGCUGAAAGAGGAGUACCUGGUUCUGCAGAAGCGCAGCAUGGCGUCACUAAAGAAGUGCAUCAACCAGAUCAAUCACAAGGAGGACGAUGUUACUCAAGAUGGAAACGUUGAUUUGAGCAGCAAAACUGAAAAGGAAACUAAACAGGGUCCUCAGUUUGUCAGCGGUGUGAUCGUAAAGAUUACAGACAGCAAGCCGAUACCAGGGAGGAAGAUCAUCAAGGAUGCCUUGUCCAAAGUAGCUCCAGUUGCUUAUGUUGACAUCCUGGAGGGAGAUGUAGAAGGCCACGUACGCUUCCAUUCUCCAGAGGACGCUACCGCCAUCAGCAACGCUAAGGAGCAGCUGCUAAGAGAGCAUGGCUGGAAGCUUGAGAUUCUUAAAGGUGACAAUGAACAACGGUACUGGCAGAAGAUUUUGGUGGACCGCCAGGUCAAACUGAAUCGGCCCAGGGAGAAGAAGCGAGGCACAGAAAAGCUCAUUUCCAAAGCUGAGAAAAUCAUCAUUGCCCGAACCAAGGAGGCCAACAAGCACAUCCGCUUUGAAGAAGACUGACAUCCUGCAGUGCUCCCUGAUUGGCUGAGAAUGUGG